UUUCUUUUUGUCCAUUUGUUAUUGGUCUGUGCCAAUGUCCGGGUUUGGCCAAAAAAUAUAAAUUUUGACUCGAAAUAUAAAAUUUAAAUGAAACUCCACAUUGUGGGUAACUAAAUAAUUCUGGGGAUUAUAGAAAAUUUAAUCGAAAAGAUGAGUAAGCUAUUCCCGUCCGCCGCAAAACUGUUCAGUGGAACUUCGAUCACGAAAGUUGCUGCCCCAGUGGUUGUUACGUCGAACGCGAAAUAUAGUACAAAAUCGGAAGCUACAUUCGAAAUUAAGCCAUACAAACUUCACAAGUUGGAAUCAGGUCCAGCCACAUCAGCCACUCUCACAGCAGAAGAUGCACUCAAAUUGUAUGAGAAACUUGCAGUGCUCAGGCGAAUCGAGACUGCAUCUGGAAACUUAUACAAGGAAAAGAUUAUCCGUGGUUUCUGCCACUUGUAUUCAGGUCAAGAGGCGGUAGCAGUAGGUAUGCGAGCUGCAAUGCGCGAGGUAGACUCGGUAAUAACGGCUUACCGUUGCCACGGUUGGACUCACCUGAUGGGCGUCAGUGUUCUGGGCGUGUUGGCCGAGUUGACCGGACGGGCGACCGGCUGCUCCCGAGGCAAGGGUGGCUCCAUGCACUUGUAUGCGAAGAACUUUUAUGGUGGCAAUGGUAUCGUCGGGGCUCAGACGCCACUGGGCGCGGGUUUGGCGUUCGCCCACAAAUACCGAGGGGAUGGAGGUGUGGCCUUUGCAUUAUAUGGUGAUGGAGCGGCCAACCAGGGCCAGCUGUUUGAAGCAUACAACAUGGCCAAGUUGUGGGACCUGCCUUGCGUGUUUGUGUGCGAGAACAAUGGUUACGGUAUGGGCACAAGCGUGGACCGUUCCUCAGCCAGCUCGGACUAUUAUACGCGCGGGGACUACGUGCCCGGCAUCUGGGUGGACGGCAUGGACGUCAUCGCCACCCGGGAAGCGACCCGGUUCGCUAUCGAAUACUGCUCCAGUGGAAAAGGGCCGCUAGUAAUGGAGAUGGAAACGUACCGGUACUCGGGCCACUCGAUGUCAGACCCUGGUACGUCGUACCGUACCAGAGACGAAGUUCAGGAGGUCCGACAGACGCGCGACCCCAUCACUUCGUUCAAAGAGAAGAUCUUGUCUAAUGAACUCGUUUCGCCUGAUCAGCUUAAGGAAAUCGACGCAGCCGUUCGUAAAGAAGUAGACGAUGCCACGAAACGAGCCAAGUCUGACCCUGAGAUACCUCUAGAAGAACUUGCUGGUGACAUCUACUACAACUGUCUCGAAGACCCCAUCAGAGGCGUGCGCCCGGACGCGCCGCUCAGACACGUGCAAGUCGUUGCGCGCAACUAGAGGAGUACAGGCUACAAACGGGCGAGAUGCUGCAAUAUCUAGCUGCAAUUGUAUAGCCGGCAACUUGUCGCAUUUAAAACUGUCAUCGGGCCAUUGAUGUAUUGAAAAAAAAUCGUUAAUGAAACAUAUAUGGGCUAUACAGUUACGAGGAAAAUCUUGAUAGCUCGUUUUGAAGCCAAUUUAGGUUAGGAAUAUUUUUGACAGUGGCCAUUCAGUAGUAAAGUAAAUGAGGCAAUAAAACAAAUGAAGUCAGACCCUGGUAUACCCGUGGUCUUACUCUUUGGUGACAUUACUAAACCGUCUCGAGGACUCCAUUAGAGAUGUCCGUCCUGACGCGCCGCUCAAACACUUGCAAAUCAUUGCUCGAAAAUAGAGGAGUACAGACUACGGGCGAGAUAUUGCAACUUCUAGCUGCAAUUGUAGGGCCGGCAACUUGCCGCAUGUGAUACCGUUAUCGCGUCAUUGA